GUGUUGCUAUGGCUCGUACUAAGCAGACCGCUCGCAAGUCCACCGGCGGCAAAGCUCCGCGCAAGCAGCUGGCCACCAAGGCCGCCCGCAAGAGCGCCCCGGCCACCGGCGGCGUGAAGAAGCCCCACCGCUACCGUCCCGGCACCGUGGCGCUGCGCGAGAUCCGGCGCUACCAGAAGUCGACCGAGCUGCUGAUCCGCAAGCUGCCGUUCCAGCGGCUAGUGCGCGAGAUCGCGCAGGACUUCAAGACCGACCUGCGCUUCCAGAGCUCGGCCGUCAUGGCUCUGCAGGAGGCCUGUGAGGCCUACCUUGUGGGUCUGUUUGAGGACACCAACCUUGCAGUCAUGUCUGGCCGAGGCAAAGGCGGGAAAGGUCUGGGUAAAGGCGGCGCCAAGCGCCACCGCAAAGUGCUGCGCGACAACAUCCAGGGCAUCACCAAGCCCGCCAUCCGCCGCCUGGCCCGGCGCGGAGGGGUAAAGCGCAUCUCCGGCCUCAUCUACGAGGAGACCCGCGGUGUGCUGAAGGUGUUCCUGGAGAACGUGAUCCGCGACGCCGUCACCUACACGGAGCACGCCAAGCGCAAGACGGUCACCGCCAUGGACGUGGUCUACGCGCUCAAGCGCCAGGGCCGCACCCUCUACGGCUUCGGCGGUUAAGCCUUUGUGCUUUAUUUCUGCUACAAAAGGCCCUUUUCAGGGCCACCC